AUGGCACAAGACCAUAGGAAGCUCAGUUCAGAAAUGGUUUGCCAUAGCAUCAGAGAACUUGUCAACAGCGACGCCUCACUUAAGGUAAAAGUGAUCGUUGCCCAUAUUCUAGAAAAAUACGGGUACAUCAUAUCUUACCGGAAGGCGUGGAUCGCUAAGUGCAAGGCGGUAGAGUCGCUUUAUGGCAAUUGGGAAACAUCGUACAACGACCUACCGCAGUGGAUACCGGUAAUGAAAACCUUUCUUCCAGGAACCAUUAUAGAUUUGCAAACCCUACCGGCAACAUCAAGUGAUGGUUCCCAAAACUCCGGAAAACGAAUAUUCCAUCGUCUGUUUUGGGCAUUUCGUCCGUGUAUACGUGGUUUCGCCUACUGUAAGCCCAUUGUGCAAGUAGACGGGACAUGGUUGUACGGCAAGUACAGAGGAACGAAUAGAUAA